GAAAACUAAAAAUUCCUAGUGGAGUGGUAAACCUUCUGUGCCAAAAACCUGAACGAGAUUUUUGGAGUGAAGAUGAUUUGUCCAUGAAAAAUAAGCCACUAAAUGGCAUUACGUCUAUCACCCGUCACUUCGCAUUCAACCACAUGUGAAGUAUCUUUCCACAAGUCAAGGUCAGCACCCUUGUAUCUCUUGGAGAUUUCUAACACCUCUCCUUCCUCUUUUGUUAAAUUUCCAACCCAACCCCAUUUUUUGUCUCCCCAAUUCUUCCCUUUCUAUCUCACCUUCUCAUUCUGUUUUAUAUGUAUAUAUAAACCCUUUUUCACUUUAAACAAACUAUUCACUCAAUGUUCCAUGGAUGCCUUCUUCCUUUCACCAUCUUCCUUCUCCAUCUUAUUCCUUUUAACUAUUUUCCAACUGUCUUACGCCCUAGAUGAUUUCCACUUUACUUCAUGCGCUCCAUUUGAUUGUGGAAACCUUUCUAAUAUUUCAUAUCCUUUCUGGACCGAUCAAUAUAAUCGACCUUCAUAUUGCGGUUACGGUAAUGAAGGGUAUAAGCUGAAGUGCAGGCAGAAUCAACCCCCUGUUAUGACGCUCAGUUCCCAAGAAUUCUAUGUGCUGCAUCUCAAUCGGUCUCAUGAUUUGUUGACAAUCAAACGAGUGGAAUUGAACAACACUUGUCCUCAGCCGAUUUUGAUAAACAAUGCUUUUAAUUAUACUGAAACUGCUGAAAACAUUACUCUGUUCUACGACUGCCGAAGCAGGGGAGGUCCGAAUCAUCGUUUCAGUUGCAGAAAGGGUGGAAAAGAAACUUCCCUCAUGUUCUUUAAGGAGGAUGAAAAUGAAUGUAUUGGAUACAGUGAAGAAGUUGAAAUUCCUAUUGGGAAAAAGGCCUUUGAUUAUCUGAUUGGGGGAAUCAGCACCGUGAAUGAAAGUUUACUCGAACCCUUUGAUAUUAAAUACUUCGCAUACGAUGAUUAUUGCAAAAAAUGCAAGGAUUCUGGCGGAAGAUGUGGAUACAAACAAAAUGAAACCUCUACAUUUGCCUGCUAUUGCCGUGAUCAUCCUCAUACAACUAAAUGUUACCAAGGUCACAGUAGUUUUACCUUAGAAAAAAAGCUUGCACUAGGUAAUAUACUCCCUCGAUUCUUUUAAUUCGUUUAUAAUGUUUUAUUUUCUGCUCAUGAUUUUUU